AUGGAGAGUGUAGAAGGAAACAACAUGGCAGGGACAGUGGCUUUUAUUCGCGAUGCUAAUAAGCUCUCAAGAGAAGAAGAGAGACAUGAAAAUGUUGAUGAAAACAACAAUGAUAGAUUUGCUAUCACUCAGUGCAUUGGUGAAACCGAUACUCAUUUGGGUGCACUCAUUACUCGCUAUGCACAAACUCUAACCAACUAUAGCUUGCGUAACUUAGAUUUCAACUAUGAGGAAUUAGCACCGUUGCUUCAAUUUCACUUGAACAAUGCUGGAGAUCCAUUUCUUGGAAGUAGUUUCUCUCUAAAUUCAAUGAAAUUUGAAGUCAGUGUACUUGGUUGGUUUGCUAAACUAUGGGAAAUAGAGAAGAAUGAGUACUGGGGAUACGUCACUACUGGGAGAACCGAAGGCAAUCUUCAUGGAAUUUUAGUAGGGAGAGAGCAACUUCCAGAUGGAAUUCUAUAUACCUCAGAAGAUUCACAUUAUUUAAUAUUCAAAAUAGCAAGAAUGUAUAGAAUGCAAUGUGUGAAGGUUGCCUCUUUGAUCUCUGGUGAAAUUGAUUGUGCUCAACUAGAGACUUCUCUACUUGCCAACAAGGACAAACCAGCCAUCAUCAAUCUAAACAUAGGAGGUAUUGAUGAUAUUGAUCUUGUAAUUAAAACACUUGAUAAAUGUGGAUUUACUAAUGAUCAAUUCUACAUUCACUGUGAUGGAGCUCUUUGUGGAAUAAUGUUGCCUUUUAUGAAACAAGCUCUAAGGAUUAGCUUCAAGAAACCUAUUGGCAGUGUAACUAUUUCAGGCCAUAAGUUUUUAGGAUGUCCAUUACCUUGUGGUGUUUUGAUAACUCGUUUGAAAUACAUCAAUGCACUUUCAAGAGAUGUUGACUAUAUUGCUUCAAGAGAUAAAGAAACGGGUAACGGAGGUAAAGGGUUCACAUGGUUUAUCCUAUAA